CCGCCAUGAAUUGGUCCUUACAAAUUUUUCUCCUGAUUUCUGCGUGCAUUCCGCGUGGCAAAUCUGCGGAAAUAACAAGAAAAUCGGGAACGGUCACCUGUUACGUAUGCAGAGCAGACUUUUCUAACGGUUUUAACUUAACAGAUGCGUGUUUCAUACCUAGGAAAGAUUCCGGAGACCUAACCACGUGCAGUCCAAAUUCUAAUUUUUGCCAAGCAGACGUGGUUCGAGUCAUGGGUGUUCUGUUAUAUCUGGAACGACGUUGCGCUAUCAAUUGCGGUCACACGUGCAUUAGCAAGAGUUACGGAGCCACCCAGGAAACUUGUACCUAUUGUUGCGACAAUAAACCCGACUGCGGAUUGGAGGAGGAUCAGGCCAAGAGACAUCACUGAUUGCGCCUCUUCUCUCUGUACAUAGAAAUAAACAAAUAAGCCCCUGUGUCGUAACACAAAAUAUAUUACACUGUUAUAUUCGAUACGGUAUAAAUAUUACUGUACAUACGAUAAAAUAUUACGAAAAUUAUCGGUUGCGCGUAAAUUUUAAAAUAAAAAUAAUUGGUGUAAGCCGGUGUUACGCGAAUUAUUGCGGUGCACGCAUCCCGGAGUGCCAGGAUGCAUUAUAAAAAUUAGGGAGACGAGCAGCCGAAAAGGUCAAGAUUGGCCGAAUAUCUGAUUAUAAAUAUUUAAAUUAGCAAAAUAUUUGGUUUAUAUUUAAAUAAGACAUACUGCAAUAUAAAUAUUAAUUAUAAAUAGGAAGAAUGCGAAACAAAAAAGUAUCAAACAUUUUUGAGCGAGAAAACAAAGCCGUAAAAAAUAAAAUUAAACACAAAACUGUAAUGAACUUAGCACAACUUUUCCGCACAUAAGGACAAAUUGGAUGGCACGCGCUCAAGGUUGUGUGUUGAAUUCUUGACGUCAUUCGUUUACCUUUCGGUAUUUCGAAUUAAUCACAAACGAAACAAAAGAAAGUUAGUAAACUUUGGAGAAACGCCACGUAAAUCGAUAGCCAUCGUUCCUUAUUUGGUGUAAAAUUGUGCCCAGUGAUUAUUACGGAGUAACCAGUUGCUUAACUUUUCCGGCAACUUUUUUUGAUGUCAUCCGUUACGAUAUCUUAUUCGAAAAAGGUUUUACAUUUUUCAUUAUUAUAAAAUGACAAAAAACAUAAUUUUGAAGACAAGGGCGUUUUAUAAAAAGUUGUAAAUGCGAAUAACGAGUAAAAUUGUUAUUUAAGUCCGAUCCUUCUCGAGAUAUGAUACGACCCCCUUUAUCUCUCCACCCCUUUGACCUUUAACUACCAAAAUAUAAUAGCAUCGAUCCCUUAAUACACAA